CCGGUGACAGACGGCGGGGCCGAGCGCGAAGAUGGCGCUGCGGCCCGGGCCCGGCACGGGGGGCACCGGCGGGGCGGGCGGCGGAGCGGCCGGGGCCGCCAGCUUCAUGUUUCCUGUUGCAGGUGGCUUGGGCCCCCCUCAAGGGAUGAUUCCUAUGCAACAGCAAGGAUUUCCAAUGGUUCCUGUCAUGCAGACCAAUAUGCCAGGGAUGAUGGGAAUGAAUUAUGGUUCUCAGAUGCCUCCUGGACCCAUGACCAUGCAGGGUGGGAUGCCCCUGGGGCCGAUGCCGGCGGCCGGAAUGCCGUACAUGGGACAGGCAUCUUUCCUGGGAAUGCGCCCAGCCACCCCCCAGUACACCCCCGACAUGCAGAAGCAGUUUGCAGAGGAGCAGCAGAAGAGGUUUGAGCACCAGCAGAAGUUCUUGGAAGAAGAGAGGAAACGGCGGCAGUUUGAAGAGCAGAAACAGAAGCUGAGGCUCCUGAGCAGUGUGAAACCCAAGACAGGUGAAAAAAGCAGAGAUGAUGCCUUGGAAGCCAUUAAAGGAAAUUUAGAUGGUUUCUCUAGAGAUGCUAAAAUGCACCCAACACCAGCAUCACAUCCAAAAAAGCCAGAUCAUCCCACACCAUCCCAUCCCGCUGUAUCUGUUUCCCAUUCUGCUUUUCCCGAUGAUGAAGAAUUUAGUGACUUUAUACAAGGGCCCGUUGAAAUCCCCAAACUGGUGCCUCAACCCACCUCUCAGCCUUUCCAGCCUUUCCAUCCUGCCACUGAGGCUGGGCAGCUGCUUUCAGAAAAGGCUGUGCUCCAACCUCUCCCUCCAGCCCAGACUCCAGUGUUGUCCACCCUGCACGGCACAGCUGGGCAGGUUCCUUAUUUUCCUACCUCUGCAUCUUCACCCAGUAUCCAUAAAACAGGCUCUUCCUUGGAGGAGAAAGUCUUAGCUAAUGGCUCAAAUGAAUCUGAACAGGAGCAAACCAAACCUAAAACAUCCGAAGGUGGGCACAAAGCCUCGGCUGCAAGCCAAGCUCAUCCCAGUCUAACCAGCAGUGACUGGGAUGUUGUAGGUGGACAGGAAACUGGUCCCACUGCUGCAGAGGUGCACAAGGCUUCAGAACAAAACAGAGCAGUUGAAGAGUGUGGAGUUGGAGUGUUCCCUUCCCAGGACCCAAUUCAGCAAAUGAUGCCUCCUUGGAUUUACAACGACAGCUUGGUCCCAGAGCUGUAUAAGAAAAUCUUAGAAAGCACUCUGACUCCUGCUGGAAUAGAUACAGCCAAGCUCUACCCCAUCCUGAUGUCAUCUGGGCUGCCCAGGGAGACCCUGGGGCAGAUCUGGGCUCUGGCCAACCGCACGACGCCCGGGCAGCUGACCAAGGAGGAGCUGUACGCGGUGCUGGCCAUGGUGGCCGUCACGCAGAGGGGGAUUCCCGCAGUGAGUCCCGACGUGCUGAACCAGUUUCCCGCUGCUCCUGUUCCCACUCUGUCGGGGUUCCCUGUGGCCCUGCCCGCGGUGAGCCAGCCCCCGCUGCUGCCCUCGGCCCCGCCGGGCUCCGUGCCCUCCGUGCCCUCCGUGCCCCUCGGCAUCGGGCCCCCCGUCAUGGGCAUGGGCAUCCCGGCCCCGGCCCCGGCGGGAGGAGCUGCAGCUCAGCCUUCCGGAGCCUUCCUGCCCUCCUACCCGCCCGGCCAGGUAGUAAAACCAGAAGAUGAUGACUUCCAGGAGUUUCAAGAUGCUUCAAAGUCUGGCUCCCUGGAUGAUUCUUUCACUGAUUUCCAAGGGGAUGUAGCCGGUUCCUCCAAAGCAGCCAGUUCCCAGCACCGGAGCAGUGUUCCUUCCUUACUAAUGCCACUCCCAGGUAAUAAGCCGCUCUCACCAGCUGAUAAAUACGCUGUGUUUAAAGGAAUGGCAGCUGAGAAGCCUCCUGAGACUGCAGCUGCUUUUGGAGAUGGAGGGGACAAGUACAGCGCUUUCCGGGAACUGGAGCAGCCAGCAGAGAGCAAAUACUUGGGAGAUAACCUUGCAGAGUUCAAGCCCGCAGGAGUCGAUGAUGGUUUCACAGAUUUCAAAACCGCUGACAGUAUCUCACCAUUAGAGCCACCCACAAAAGACAAAACCUUCCCUGCACCCUUCCCUCCUCUGCCUGCUCAGCCAAAGCAGCAAACACAAGCCAAGACCCCUUUGAACCUGGCAGACUUGGAUCUCUUUUCCUCUCCUGGAGAAAACAAGCAGCCGUCCUUUCCACCUGCAUUUAACACCUCAAAACCGGGCUCCUUUCCUCCCCCGCCCCUUCCAUCCACCACUGCCCAGCCAGCACCCAGCAAAACUUCCAGCUUAGCUGAUGACUUUGGAGAGUUCAACCUUUUUGGGGAAUUUUCUAACGGCGCAUCAGCCAGUGGACAAGAUGACUUUGCAGACUUCAUGGCUUUCAACAACAGCGGCGGAUUUUCCGAGCAAAAACCGGAUGACAAAUACAAUGCACUGAAGCUGGAGGCCGGUCCUGUUCCUCAGGCUGGCUCUGCUGCCAGCACAGUGAAGGGUGGGCAGAGUUCUGCCACCACUGCUACGCCCACCAAGUAUGACAUCUUCAAACAGCUGUCUCUGGAGGGCUCCGGAGCGGGCUUUGAGGAGGCGAAGGACAGCACGCUCUCCUCGGUGAAGAGCGAUGAUGAUUUUGCCGACUUCCACUCCAACAAGUUUUCUUCCACGGGCAGCAGCGUGGAUAAGUCACUGGUGGACAAAGUGGCAGCUUUCAAGCAGGCCAAAGAAGACUCUGCCUCGGUGAAGUCCCUGGAUCUGCCGUCCAUCGGGGGCAGCAGCGUGGGCAAGGAGGAUUCCGAAGACGCGCUGUCUGUUCAGUUUGACAUGAAACUGGCUGAUGUGGGAGGAGAUCUUAAGCAUGUCAUGUCUGAUAGCUCUUUGGAUUUGCCAACAGUUAGUGGCCAGCAUCCACCAGCAGCAGAUAUCGAUGACUUAAAAUGUGCCCCUCUGGGAAGCUGCACCAGUGGCUCUGCAGUCAGCAGCCUGGCCAGCUCCGACUGGUCCGACAGAGACGACCUCCAGCAGGGCAAGAGGCUCUCCCAGCCCUCGGGGAGCGGAUCCUCCGCGGCCACUUCUGUCCUCCAGAAGAAGGAGACCUUGUUUGGCAGCUCGGAAAACAUCACCAUGACAACGGUUUCCAAAGUGACAACCUUUUCCAGCGAGGAUGCCUUACAGGACGUUUCCUUUGCAGCCUUUGCAAACUUUAAAGACUCCGGGCCGAUCUCCAGCGGGCCAAGCGACGAUGACAUCGCAGACUUUGGGGAUUUUGCGAGACCUUCCUCGGAAGCUCGGGGUGCAGCAGCAGCUGACGCAGCCCAGGAGGCAGAUCUCCUCGCUGCCGGUGUCUCCUCUGAGCUGCGAAGGGAAUCCACGGAUGACUUUGGAGAAUUCCAAAGCGAGAAACCAAAAAUCAGCAAGUUUGACUUCUUGGUGGCAACUUCCCAAGGCAAGGUGAAAUCCAGUGAAGAGAUGAUCAGGAGUGAGCUGGCUACCUUUGACCUGUCUGUGCAAGGGUCUCAUAAAAGGAGCCUGAGCCUGGGUGACAGGGAGAUAAGUCGCUCCUCACCUUUGCCAGCCCUGGAGCAGCCGUUCAGGGAUCGCUCCAACACCCUGAGCGAGAAGCCGGCACUGCCCGUCAUCAGAGACAAGUACAAGGACCUGACUGGGGAGGUGGAGGAAAGUGAGAGGUACGCCUAUGAGUGGCAGAGGUGCCUGGAGAGUGCCCUGCAGGUCAUAAAGAAAGCAAACGACACCUUAAAUGGAAUAAGUAGCUCAUCUGUUUGCACUGAAGUUAUCCAGUCUGCCCAAGGCAUGGAAUAUUUACUGGGGGUUGUGGAAGUCUACAGAGUGACGAAGAGAGUGGAGCUGGGCAUCAAAGCAACUGCUGUUUGCAGUGAGAAACUGCAGCAGCUGCUGAAGGACAUUGAUAAAGUGUGGAACAACCUGAUCAGCUUCAUGUCACUCGCUGCUUUAACGCCAGAUGAAAACUCCCUGGAUUUCUCCUCGUGCAUGCUGCGCCCGGGGAUCAAGAACGCCCAGGAUCUGGCCUGUGGAGUGUGCCUCCUAAACGUGGAUUCCCGAAGUAAAAAUGAAGAGAAACCUGUGGAAGAGCUUCCUAGAAAAGCCUUUAAUUCCGAGACAGACAACUUUAAGCUGGCCUAUGGAGGGCACCAGUACCACGCCAGCUGUGCCAACUUCUGGAUCAACUGUGUGGAGCCCAAACCUCCAGGGCUCAUCCUGCCAGACCUGCUCUGAAAGCAGCUGCACUGAAGGUGGAGCUUUGGGUUUAACAAUGCAGGACUUGGGGUAACUGGUGGGGUGGAUUCAGUGGAGAGGCUGGAGCUGGGCUCAGGGUUUGAAAUGUUUGGGGUGGAGUUUUGGGCUGUAACAGGUUAAAGCCACUGUCACAGACAGUGAAAGAAGUCAUUUGAAAUGGCCAAGGGUUCAGAAAUAAUCAGAAAAAAAAUGUAGCAUGGCAAAAAAAAAAAAAAAAAGAAGUGGCAUUUCAGACUUUCUCAACAUGAAAACGUGUUAUUUGGUAUAAAAGCAGCCUGGUGGCCACGUGCACAAACCUGGGGGGAGCCAGCACUGAGCUUCCCAAAGAACCUGGAAUGCUGGGCUGAUUUGCAUAGAAGUGACCACUUAAGUACUUGGAGCCUGUAUUUGUAAGCAGAUCUUCUCUUCAAGGUGUUUGGGAUAUGGACCAUGAUGUUGUUGUUCAAAUAUUUGCUGCUGUGAUAGCACCUGAGUCACAGCAGCCAUGGAGGCAAAAGGAAUGAUGGACUCGCUGCUGUGGAUUUAACACCUCCAGUGCUCUGUGCUGGGAGCUGUUCUGUGUGCACAACUGGUUGGUGCUGGGGGGUGGGGGCUGGAAAACUCUUGAAAUUUUCCCUGUAAUAUCUGGAUUCUGCAGUGCAGGCAGCUGGAGCUUAAAACUUGCAGCUUUGUUGUAAAUACAGAUAAACUUCCCUGGAGUUGUCCUGAACUCCAGGUGUGAUUUAUGUUUUGUCCUGACCCUUUGGUAGCUGUGUGGCUGCAGCUCUGUUGAAAACUGGACUCUUGCUGAUGCAGCACAUCUGCUCCUGUGUAGAUACUUUCCCUUUUUUGGAUGUUGAGAUGCUUUUCCUGACGGGAAUCCUGUGUGUGGCUCGUGCAGGCUGCUGCUACCUGCAGGAACCUGUUCCUGUGAGUCAGAGCUGGCAGCACCAGGUGGCCCUUGGCUCCUGUGACAGGGAGUGGGAUUCCACAGCAAGGGAUUUACCACUGGAAGGUGGUGGUUUUAGCAAGCUGGUGUUUGGGGCAGGGCAUUGUCUCCCUGCUGGUCUGUGGUUUGUGGCAGGUACACACCCCUCUGGACAGGAGAUUUGUAUCAUUUUGGCACAAAAUGUUACCUGUCCAUCUAAAGUACCUGAUUCUUCCCUCAGAUCCAAUACCCAGAGGACAGUGCAGUGCUAUUACAGGAUUUUAAACCAAGUGGGAGCUUCAUUGCAUUAUAAGAGACUUCCCACUGUCCAGUCUGGGUCUGCAGGGAACGAAGUGGGGUGUAAAUCCAUCGGGGUACAACUUUCUCCUUAAUUCUCUGACUUAAAUUCCUCAGAUCUCUCCCUUCUCCCCAGAGAUAUCAACAGCUGUUCCAAGUUAAUCUUGCCUCCAUUUAUGAGUACCUGCCAUUGACCUGUGGUUAUUUGCCAAACUGGAGAUUACAGCGAGGAAAACGAUGCUUUGUAUUUAAAAACAAACAGGCUUAGUUAUACCAAACUAUUAAUUAGCCCAAAUGAAAGAAUCUUGGCUCAGAGGUGUCUGGCUCCUUAUUUACACCAAUUACAAUAAAUCUUGCUGCCUCAAAUUAGCUCAUUCAUAAAAUAGAGCAACGUGUGCCUGCAGUCACAAACUCGGGCUAAUCCGGCGGCAGAUUUUCCAUGGUGUGACAGGGACUGCCCACAUCCUUUCCCAGCAAUUAUCCAAAAGCCAGGGAAGCCUCUCACUGCUUCUCUCCCUUCAGGAGGUGUGCAAGAGCUCCAGCAGCACAGCCUGUGCAGUCAGGCCCUGCUGUGCCCUCACCAGGACAGUUCCCAGGGCAGUUUGGGGACAGGAGCCAGUGCUCCCUUUUGCCUCCCGAGUUCCAGGGAGCUCUGUCUGACUUCAGGGGGAGCCUCGUCUGGCUGUGAGCUUCUCCAGUGGUUCUGGGAAUGCUGUACUGGGAAAAGGGAGUUCAUUGUCAGCCUGGGUUUCCAGCACAGCCCCUCAAGGGCUAGACAGGAUUUAUUUUUCCUAAUUAAAAGAGGAGAUCACAAAUAAGAGGCCACAGCGUGGAACUUAAAGCACCAGCUGGAUUGUCACAGAGGCAUUUCGCAGUGGUGGCUUUCCUGUACUUGCUGUCAGGUCAGUGCCCUCUCUGAGCUGGAUCCAUCGUGUCUUUUGGCCCAUAAAAAAUGCAGUUCCAGUUGCAGCAGAGCUCACUGCAGGAUGGCACUGCUGCUCUCCUGCUCCCACGGAAGGGACAGCACAGGCACCGUCCCUGCCUCUGUGGGAGCAGAGAGUGUUCUGUUCCCAGCACCCUCCUGUCGUGGGAACACAUGGAAUGUUUCUUGGAGAUCCCCCCACAGAGGCCCUGCAGGGGAAGGCUCAGCUCACAGAUCCCAGCCAUUCCAGUGACUCACUGGAGGCUCAGCAUCCUCUCGGAUGUCGCUGCCAGCCCAAGCCCAGUGUCCUUCCAAGCUGUAUCCAAGGUGACAGGAUUGUCACAGCCCACCUUCCCCCACUGCCUCUUGCACAGGCACCUGGACACGCUGCCUUCCCUUUGGCUCUGUGGAAUUUCAGACCUGUAACUCCUUCUCCUGCAUGGAUUCUGUCACUGGAGAAGACAAACGGGAUUUUCUUUGGUUUUUUAAUGUCCGUGUUUUCUGGAGCUGCCUUGGUAUGACCUGUGGAAAGUGGGUUUUCUGUCUCUUUCUGUAUAUUUGGAGUUCUAAAGGAUUAUUAGCCUGGUUAUUUAAUAUAUUUAUGGCUUUUCCCCACUGUAUCCCUGGUGCUUCCACGCUGUGACCGUGGUGGCAGCUUCUCCCUGGUGCUGGGAGUGCUGGAGCUGCUCCAGCCCCUUCCCUGCCCCUCCAUCUCCGUGUCUGGGUGGGAAUUCCUGGGGUCACCUGUGGCCUGGGAAUUGUCACCUCAUGCACUGACCAUUCCAGUGACUUUCCCUCCCUGGCAGCAGCUUUUGUUCCCUGGGUUUGGUCUGAGCAGCUCCUUCCCUGAACUCCGAGCAGGGUUUGUGAGUGUUCAGCCUCAGGUGGAGCUCCUGGAAUUCCAUGGGAUGCUCGGGGUUCCUCAGCUACACUGGGAAUUAUUUAAACUUGAAGCAAACCCUGCCUUUCCAAUAAAAGCUGCUGUUGUACAAACUGCUGCUUCGGGUUUAUUUUUAAUUUUGGACCUGUAUUUAAUUCCAGUUCUCAGCGUUAAAAUAUGAAUGUUGUAAUUCUAUGAAGUGAUCAGAAAAAUUCUCUUUUUAUUGUGAUUCCUCUCCUGCCCUCUGGGCAAACGUUAUUUCUCUUCCAGAAGUGGUUUUGUGAUUAUUAGUUGGAGCUGUUUGGGUUUGUUCUACACUGGAGUCAGUGCUGGUAUUUUAAAUCCCAUGAGAAUAAGUGUUAUUAAUUGACUUUAUACCUUGUUUACUCCCUUGAUUCCUGCAAUGAUUUAUAAAUCUUGUGUUGAGAUUCAAACCUUGUGUUCAAUAAAGAGCUCAUUUUGUAUCUGA